CGCUGUCCAAGACUCUGGAGAACACAGUGUUCAUGGGGGAGAUCUUGCUGCAUUUCCCCGACACCACCCAUAAAAUCCUGCAAGAAAACAAACCCUGGGAGUUGCUCUUCACUUGGGGCGUGUUCUUUGCCUCGCAGUCGAAAUUCCUCGACAAGAGCACAAAUACUCUCAUUUAUUUGGUUUCGCAAGAACUAGAACUGGCAGAGAAAGACCCAAACUACACUAACCCCUAUGCUAAGCGUGCCAGCCACCAGCGAGGCAGCAGCAGCGUGUCAGAAACCAGUCCCGAGACAAAGAAAAAGAAGAAAAAGACGUUCAAAAAAGGCCCACAUCUUUCAAGACAAUUUGGGGACUUAUGAUGUCAAGAUAAUAGUUUAGUCUAACUAUAGUACAAGUGUGAUGGUCUGUAUUUGUUAAAUUACUUAUGAUUUUAAGUAAAGCCAGUUUGUAUUGAAAAGUGAAACGAUCUUUUCAGUUGCGAAUCAUAUUUCCACAUGAUUAAUGGUAACACAUAAUAUUAUAAGUACAAUCAUUUGCUUGGUAGAUUAAGGUCAUGAUUAAAAACAAAAAAUCUUU